AUGGAUCUUGAGUUUGAAGACCACGAUUUUAUCGACUCCAGUUCCGGGAGUGAUGACCCGGAUACUGCGUAUCACAAAGAAAACAGCGGCUUGUCUCCGUCGUGUGGUCUCUGCCGGUUUGACUUCUGUGUUGAUGACAGCGUUGUCGUUUGUAAGCUUCCUUUCCCUUUCCAUAACUAUGGUUCACUUCUGACCCUGUUUACAGUCAAACAAAAGUGUGAACCAUGGACGACUACCUACCCGAAGCCAGAAUCCUGGUGGAGCAUUGCCGAUGCCCAACACACCUUUCAUGCAGAAUGCGUUGAUCUGUCCCAAUGCUUGCUGUCCGGCCAGCGACUCGAUCCUGGCAUCUACGAUGCCACCAUCCUCGAACCCUGGGAAGAAGGACGGCAUCCUCCCCCUUCAUUCAAAGCACGACGUCUGAACUGGCUCAAGAGGAGCUUUUCUCGAAAUCUCGCGCAGACUAUCAACUACUCUCUGCCACAUGUAGCGUGCGACAUCAUCGCUCAAUACUGUCUCAAAGAACGCGCUGUUCAGGUCGUUCGUGACCUAUGGCUCAGACAGGAUCGACCGAAGCCAGGUCGUAUCUCCGUCGCCAUAGACGGCAGCUCUCUUUGGGCUCAGUAUGUCGAGUUUGAAGGGAUUCGCUAUGUCAGGUCCCUCUCUUACCAUUCUCUUGGUGGUGAUGAGUCUCAGAUCUUACCAGAGCCAGACCCUGGCCGCAAUGUGAACAUAUUCAUUGCGCAUAGUUACCACGGAGUUACAGAGAUUAUCGCAACCUCGGAUAACGAUAUACCUUCGGUCAAAGAAGAGACAGGAAGGUGGUGGACAUUGUUCACGCCUAGUGAGAUGCCGUUCUAUCUCAAGGCAAUAUUUGAUGGGAUCAAGCUUCGGGACCUAGCGGCUUACAAGUAUGCGAAAGGCUGCCCCAAGUAUCCCGAUGAGUUACGCUGGUCAGUCCUUCCAACAACCAUGGACCCUAUACCCGAGCCCCCAAUUCCUUGUUCUUCGUGGCUCGAUGGAGAUAUCAUCUCGGCUAUCGAUUGGAAUCAGCCCGGUAUUACUGGUUACUCAUUCUAUGUAAGAGAUAACACCAUCAUGAAAAUUAUUCCUCACAAAGACGGUGAGAAGAAUUCUUACGACUUCGCAACACCCAAGCAGUACCAAUUCUCUUGGGUGUAUUUCCCUGUCGACUCUGGUGAGCGAAUCUCAGAGGUUUGGAUCCGUCGCUAUGGCGUCAAGCGCCUCAACACACGUGCUAGCCCUGUGGCAACCCUGAUACUUCGAACGAGCAACGGCCGCCUGCUGACCCUCGGACCCCAGCUAAAGUAUCGACAGCCUUCUGGAUACAAUACACAUGCCAAGUAUGACCUUGUCGGGACUAUGCCACAGAAACAUCCCUGUCGCAUGUACUUCGCGAACUGGGAAGACAUCGGUUCGUGGAUGAGGUUUGAAGGUGCAUCUACCUUCGCGGAGCUCGACCUUGCUGGUAGUCAGGACAAAGCGCUUGAGCUACUUCCUGACAACUGCAAAUACCAGUACUCUUCUGCAGAACUUGAAGGGGUCCGAACUGUCACUCCGUGUAGGUCCUGGCGCCAUUACAGCCCUGAUGCGAUCCUUGGGCUUUUGCUUACCUACGAGGAUGGCCGCAAACGAUGCGUUGGCCAAGUACGUCUAGACCAUCUGCUUACACCAAUUGAGGUCACCUCUGACACCAUGUGGAUUGUCUGUUCUGAGAAAGAUGAAAUCAGCUGGCGCGCUGAUGAAAAGGAGGAUGGAUCUGGUGUCGACUUGGUCACGUUCGAGGAACCAGAUGCGAAGGAUUCGCACGGACAAUGUAUCAAGAUUCCUAUGCGAGGGCGUCUCGACUGGUACUCCAGUCAUCAUCAGUGCCAUCUGUCUCACCGAGAUGACAGUGAGCCCGUGGAGGAAGUUCUGGAGGUACUGUCGCAAGAAGCUGCCCCUGGUAUGCCGCGUCCGGGCCAUGUAGUGAAACCAUUAUCAGUACUCGUUGGAAAAGGCGUGAGGUCAAUGGAGAAUUGGGAGUUUGAAAGAAGGCAGUGGCACUAA